CGCAUGAAGAUGAAUUCGAUAAGGUUGAUGAAAGUGAAUUUUUAGCCUUUGGAGAUGUCGAAAUUGCAACUAAUGUCAUUAUCAUGUCCACACCAUUAUGUUUUUUUUCUCAAGUGAUCUGA